AUGGCUACCCCGGCUCUUCCAUCGCACUCGGGUUCAGAUCAGUCUGUUACCGUCAAAGUGCUCUUUAACGACAAUAAUCGUCGAUUCAAGUUUCUGUUGAGCGAGCUUAAUGCUCAAGUGUUCCCACAGAAGAUCCGCUCUUUACUCAAGGUUCCGGCGGAUGUUAACGUCAUCCUCGAACGCUAUUCCGACAGCGCCGGCUGCUACAUUCAUCUUGACAACGAUAACCAGGCAGUCUAUAAACAACUUUACCGCGCGGCAAAAGCGAAAUCUAAGCUUCGUAUCAAGGCUAACACGAUUAAUUCGUCGGUGCCCGCGCCUACAGUUACUUUGCCCCCGGCUCACCCUCCAACACUGACACCUCCGAGACACAGCUACCUGGAAACUGUCUUGAGUUCACCCAUCCCUGUCGGCUCUAGUGAAAUUAUUCCUGCCGCCUGCGCCUCGCCUCCUACUCCUGCCGCUUUUGCUGGUGCCUCUAGCGAGGUUUUGUCAGUUGGACCUCACGGAAGAGUUGAACUUUCAAAUAUUAACGAACCUCACUACCGGAACUUCGAGAUGGAGAAAGAUGCACACCGCUUCCCGAUGAUCUCUCACAACUCUCCCAGUGGAGCAUUUUGCAUUGACUGCAACAACUGCCGUCGCUCAAUUGCCAAUGAUCACUACCACUGUGGUAUUUGCGAGAAUGGCGAUUACGACCUUUGCCCCGCGUGUGUUGCGAACGGCGCUUCGUGCUUGGGUGAAGGCCACUGGCUUAUUAAGCGCUCGGUCGAGCAGGGUAUCGUGACCAAUAGCGUCACCGAAACCAUUCCCCCCCAUCAACCACAGGUCCAGGAGACCAAGCCACUGGACUCUCGGCCACAGGAAACCAUUACCGAGGCAGUGGCGUCCGUUCCUACCCCAGCUCCGGUCCUUGCGGCUGUGCCUCCUGUGCCUCGUAAGGAUGUAGUCAUUCAAGAGGAAAACCCUAUGUGCAAUGGAUGUUGCCGUGAGACUGAGGAGAGCAAUCUGGUGCGUUGCAAUGAAUGCGAAGAUUAUGACCUGUGCCUCCGUUGUCUCCUGAGGAACAAGCAUGGCCACCACCCUGCCCAUGGAUUCUCGCUCGGAAAGGAUCGUAAUUUCUGCUUGAAGAACCUGAUCCUGUCUCGCUGCCUUCCCGGUCGUCAAUUCCAGCAUGCGGCUAUCUGUGAUGGCUGCGAGAAGAACAUUGUUGGUACCCGCCACAAGUGUCUCGAUUGCCCUGACUGGGAUUACUGCGCCGACUGCAUUGUUGAUGCCUCUCAGAGCCACCCCAGGCAUCGAUUUGCCCCGGUCUACGAAGCCCUUGCCGAGCAGCAGUCUCGUGAUUGGGAAAUCCAUUACGGCAUCUUCUGUGAUGGACCCCUAUGCAAAGACAAGCCUGCUCAGAGCUAUAUAAAUGGCAUUCGUUACAAGUGUGCCAUUUGCGCUGACGUUGAUUUCUGCGCCAACUGUGAGGCCCUUCCAACUCACAUGCACAACCGAACCCACCCAUUGGUGAAGUUCAGGACCCCUGUUCGUAGCGUGACUGUAAGCACAGCCACUGACGGUGUCACCUUGGGCGACCAAAUUUUUGAUCGUGCAGACUCUCAUGAUGAGUCUUCAGUCUCCGACCUGACUGUCGAAGCUACCGAAGAAAAGCAGGCAAUUGUGAAGCAAGAACCUGUGGAAGUUGAUGCGACCAAGCCCGAGGUUCCUCCUUCUACCGAGUUGGCCGGUUUCCAGGCGUAUUUCAUGCGCGAUACCAUCGCGGAUGGUACAAAGUUGCCUCCCAACACCUGCUUCCGUCAGACGUGGACUCUUUACAACCCCGGACCCGAAUCUUGGCCAGUUGGUAGUGACGUGCGCUUCUCCGGUGGAGAUGCUAUGUUUAACGUUGACUCCAACCACCCGUCGGACGUCGAAUCCAUUCACUCGGCGAUGAAGAGCAAUGGCUUGACUGUCCCUGUUGAACCUGGUAGCAGUGCUGACUUUACUGUGAGCCUCCGUAGCUCGCAGCGCGAAGGCACUGCCAUCUCGUACUGGCGUCUGAAGUUGCCUAACGGUACUCCUAUUGGCCACCGUCUCUGGUGUGACAUUCAAGUCCAGGGAACUGCUAAGCCUUUCAUUGAUGAGUCCGUGGAAUCCGAAGUCCCCACGAAUGAUACCGAGAUUUCCGGUAGCCGUAUGAUCUUCCCCAAGCUUGAGAAAGAAUCCCCCGAGACCAGCACUCACGAAGCCAUGGCUGCCGCUCGCCCUCCCCCAACUGUUUCGACGGCUUCCGAGAGAGAUGUUCUUGAAGAUGUGGAAAGCCUCACCUUGGACGAGACUGACACAGACGCCGGCUUCCUUACCGACGAGGAGUACGAUGUCCUCGAUGCUAGCGAUCAGGAGUUUCUGGAGGCGAAGCAAUCCUUGCGGUAA